AUGUCCGCCGACGAGCCGGACACCUGCUGCCGGUGGAGCCGCGACUUCGUCGUGGCGCACGCCGUCUUCGCGAGCGGCUUCGUCACGGCGCCGGUGGCCGUCCUCCUUCUGGUCCACCGCCCGCGCGAGGGCCGCGCCAUCUUCUUCGCCGCGUUCGCCGCCUUAUGCACCGCCGCCAGCCUCAUCCUCUGCCUCCACUUCUACGCCGAGCUCAGGCGCCCGCCCUGGCCGCGCUGGCGCUCCGCGUCCGGAGGCGGCCAGCAGCUAGCGGAGGGCGAGUCCUUCGUCGGCGUCGACCAAGAAACGACGGCGCGGGAGACGUCGCACGCCCUCCGCCACCCCGAGCACGAGCAGCCGAUGACGCGCCGCGUGGAGAUGCAGGCCGCCCUCGCCUCGGGUCGCAUCCCGAGCUACGAGUACCUGGGCGACGUCGACGUCGAUGGCGGCGCGGCCGAAGACUGCGCGGUGUGCCUUGGCGAGGUGGAGAAGGGGGAGACGGUGCGGCGGCUGCCGGCGUGCCGGCACGUGUUCCACAGGGAGUGCAUCGACCUGUGGCUGCGCGGGCACGUGACGUGCCCGGUCUGCCGGUCUGGCGUGCUGCCGGCGGCGCCCGAACGGGCGGUGGAGGAGCUCGUGGUGAACAUUGGAGUAGUUCAUGGGCGGCCCACGGCGACGAUCUGA